CUCAAACUCGAGCAUUCGUCUAUCUCACUCGAGUGAGCACAUGGUGCGCGCGCAUCACUCACUCAGCUGUUAAGCUUCCAAGUGUCAAGACAACGCGGAUCUCAAGACUGUGACAGUGUCGAGUUUGUCCCACACACGUUUACGUUACCACUUGUUAUGGCAAUUAGGCCGUUGUGGCCCGAUUUACGACCACGAGCGACGGACCCGUUGUGGUUUAACGCGGAUCGACCGUGCGACGACGAGAGCGAAGUCGCCGCGCUCGAGGCGGAACAUCAAGCGUGGGUAAGUGCAGACUUUGUCCAGGUGCAGGGCUGCGACAACAUUCCGAUCGGGAAAACAGUGAGCGACUUUAGAGGAUCAGAGGAGGACGAAGAGGAGGAAGAAGAGGAAGAGGGCGAAGGCGAGGAAGAGGACGAGUCAGACACCCACGAGGAGGAAGAAGAGGAGCUUGACGAGAUCGACAUGGAAGUGAGUUACACCUCUCAUCAUCCGCAGAGAUCCAGCCCGACGGAUCUGGUGAGCCCACCCGUGUCCAUCAGGAUGGUCAAUGCGACGAAUAUAACUCGUUACCCAUAGCUACGCUUUACGUUUGUACAGUUGACAACUAAAUAAACCUCCAUGUGCCUGUAGAAAUAUCUUUAAUCGCAAGUCUCAUAUAUCAACAAAUCUCGAUGUCUUUGUCACAAUACUUUUUAGGCUCUUAUCUCUAGCAUCUACAUUGGUAAAGUAAUUUAUUUAAUAAAGUUAUUGUUAUUAUUUAUGUCA